ACAAACGUGUUGAUGAUUGGCCCUUGAUGCAGUCUCCGUUCCCAACACUGACUAUAAGCACUAUUUAUCUCCUCACUGUCUGGCUGGGCCCCAAAUGGAUGAAGACAAGAGAGCCCUUCCAGUUACGUUUCCUGUUGGUUGUUUACAACUUUGGAAUGGUUCUACUCAACUUCUACAUUUUCAAAGAGCUGUUUUUGUCAUCAAGAGCUCGAGGGUACAGCUAUGUCUGCCAGACUGUGGAUUAUUCAGAUAAUGUUUAUGAAGUUAGGAUAGCUGCUGCUUUAUGGUGGUAUUAUGUCUCUAAAGGAAUUGAAUAUUUGGAUACAGUAUUCUUCAUCCUGAGGAAGAAAUUUAACCAAAUUAGUUUCCUUCAUGUCUAUCACCAUUUCACCAUGUUCACCUUGUGGUGGAUUGGUAUUAAGUGGGUUGCAGGUGGACAAGCUUUUUUUGGAGCUCAGAUGAAUGCAUUUAUUCAUGUCAUUAUGUACAUGUAUUAUGGAUUAGCUGCCUGUGGCCCUAAAUUUCAGAAAUACCUGUGGUGGAAACGAUACUUGACCAUAUUGCAAUUGGUGCAGUUCCAUGUGACUAUUGGCCACACAGCCUUGUCUAUUUAUAUUGAUUGUCCUUUCCCUAAAUGGAUGCACUGGGGUGUAAUUUUCUAUGCGGUCACCUUCAUUUUCUUGUUUGGUAACUUCUACUAUCGGACAUAUAAACUGCCCAAGGAACCCGUAAAGAAUGGAAAAAUAGCAAAUGGUGCUGUUGCAAAUGGAGUAAGCAAGCCAGAAAAUAAUGCAAUGGUGGAAAAUGGAAAAAAGCAGAAAAAGGGAAAAGCAAAAGGAGAGUAACUUGAUCCAGGCCUUAACCAUUGUUGGCAGUGAGGAACCUCCAGUUUGGUUUAUAAAAGGAAGAAAAAAACACUAUCUGUACCAAUUAACCUUAGGUUGCUGAAGAGCUAGAACACAGGUAUUUUCAUUAUUUAUGGAGAUUGUUUUAAGAACAACACUAAAGUUGAAUUUCUAUUGUAAUUAUGUAAUUAUCAUGCAUAUGGUCUCUGUGUAAACUUGUAGACUGCUGGUGUUGGUGAAUGUAAGGAAGAAUUGCAGUUGAUUCCAUGUUUAGCAGUCCAAAAGUUAAUACUACCAUUGAUACAAGCAGUUUUGUUGGCACCCACAUUUCUUUGGGGGAGGGGGGGGAAGGAAGUAGCAUUUGGAUACUUGUGUUUUCUUUCCAGAAAAUUAUUAAAUUUCAAAUUAUGAUGUAUUAUCUAAUCAAACUUUUCUUGUCCUCCUUGGAGUGUAUCUUCAGACACAUUAUGUUUAUGUGCUGUCAGAACAGUGUUUGACUUUUCAGACAUUACUUGAUUUACUUGAGUGUCUGUUACAGUUGUUUUGUUUUUUUUCUUGUGUGGACAUAUACCUACCUCUUCAUCUGAUGAAAAGAAUAUUGAGCAUUAAAUAACUGGUUUCUGAAA